AUGUCUGGCAACCAAGGACAAGGGAAACCUGCCCCUCCUCCACCUCCUCCGCCUGAAGAUCCAAACUUGAAAGUCUCCCCGUUCGUCAAGAAGCUGAGGUCUGCGCCUCCUGGCUCUUUCUUCCAACCUGGAAUACCACCUCCUCAUACAGAUCCAUUUGCUGCCCCUACUGGUCCUUAUUUCUUCUACGGCACCUUGUCUGAUCACACUAUGCUCCGCGAUGUCCUUGGCUUGGAAACCGAGCCACAGCUUCGACCGGCUACUAUUACUGGUUAUGAAUGCAAGCUAUGGGGUCAGUAUCCGGCUCUGUUAGAUGCCCCAGAAAAGGUUGUCCAUGGGACCGUCUACCAUGUCGGGACUGAAGAGCAUGGGGAGAGACUCGCCAGCUACGAAACAAAUAAUUACCGGGCUGAUCCAUGUCGCAUCAGCUAUACUGACGGGUGCGAGCCUGUGGAGGAUCUUGGUCAUGUUUUUAAAUUUGUCGGCAACGUCAGAGACUUGAGUGACGGCACCUUCGACCUAGGUACUUGGCUAAGGAGGGUGAAGAGAGAUGUUAAGUAG